CGUCAAAGCACCAUUCCAUCGACAUAGAACUGAUGCAUCGUGCUCUACUCGUUCCCGAAAUUCUCCUGGAGGUAUUCAUGCAUGUGAAUAAAAUCCUGGACCCAUAUGCAUUAAUAUUGUCAUAUCGUGAUAUGACAUUGGCGCGGAAAUCCUUUGCAGCGCUUGCUAGAACAUGCAAACCUUUUUACGAGCCUGCGAUGGAUUUGCUUUGGGCUGAGUUGGAUGGGAUAGAACCACUGCUAGGCUGCGUAACGAGGCUACAUCCAAUCAUUUAUCGUAGCAGCGGUUCAAGGGUCAGUGUAGAUCAUGUUCAUUUUAUCUCUUUCAUUCGCUCAUCGGGCACUCAAAUGCAGUGCUUCCACUUUAAAGUUAUCGAACCAUUAUCUGAGCAUGAAGCCCAUCAAUUCCUGCAUCACGCCCGUCGUGUUCGCUCAUUGAUAAUAUUGUACGACUACUAUUUUCACCUUCUCUCAGUCCUCCCGGUCGAGACAUGCAUGUUCCCGAGAUUGUUGUCGCUAUCAACGGAUCAAGAUCUGAAUAGAUACUUGCAUCUCUUCCUGUCACCCAUGCUGCGUCGUUGUGCCCUACCGCUUGUUCAUCCGGAUUUGAAAUCUGUUCCGAUCCGCUGUGCUGCCUUGGAGGAAUUGUCCAUCAGGUCCUCCUUCGGAAACAUAGCGGCAGAUGGGCAGGUGCUGUAUGACAGUAUCCGUUUGUGCAAGGGACUUGUGACUCUAGCUUGCCCACCACUCGAUUGGACAACAUGGGAACACCUUUCCAACCUCCCCACCCUUGUUACUCUGAAAAUCUGGGACGACCGUUGUUCGUUAGGCUGGCGUAAUCUCAAUUUCAGACCUUUCCUUAACGUCACGAGACUGUAUUUCUAUACAAGGACAGUCGCAUACACCGUCGCAGUCAUGCAACACUUAGAAUUCCCUUCGCUAAAUCAAUUCGAGAUGGAAGUCUUUGAUUUGCCUUGGACCGAGGCUGAGCCGCUCUUUCAUGCACUGUCGCGGUACAAAACCCUUUCACACAUUGCCAUCUCCUCUAGGCGCAGUAGCCGAAACGCUCAGGAUCUCUUGGGCAGCUCCUUGACGCCAAUCAGACAAUCCCUUUGUUUCACGCGAUUGCGAACCCUGCGCUUCAGUUUUCCUUCUUGUUGCAUAAACCUUGACAACGACCUGCUUUUGGAAGCUAUGUCAAGUUGGCCGCACAUAGGAAUACUGGAAUUCAUUGAUUCACAGACGAUACCCACCGUUACAUUCCGCGGAUUAUUCGCAGCGCUCCGUCGAUGUCCCCGCUUGCACAUGCUGGACAUACCAUUGGAUGCCGUCGAUAUCGAUCCUACAGCCGAGUCGUUCCAACAUACCUCCCUACAGCAUUUGAACUUGACCUCCUCUGAUAUAUCGGAUGCUAAAGCCGUGGCCCGCAUUAUUUUCUCGGUGCUCCCUUCUGUCGAUCGAGUUGUCCCGCUACACAAGCGCUCCUCUGGUGUCUGCCUUGAAGUCCAGACGCAUCUUGAAUCUUUUAGGGCAUCUGCGGUUCUUGGCUGCCAUAUCACAGGAGCUGCCUCGAAGACCUGAGUUCGACGUUCUUCUUGGGACACACGUCCUGCGGUUACUACCGUACCUUUUCGCCCUGUCGUUGCCGUUAUUGUUGCUGUUUAUCACUAUCUCCUCUGAUUGUCAAAUUCCCGUAUGACCUGAGAUUCUGUCGCGCAUGCCCGCUGUUUACAUAUUUUGGAACUUCUGUGGUUCUUGGCCGCCAUAUCAUAGGAUCUGCCCUGAAAACCUCAAUUCGAUACAUUUGUUUGGACACAUUGACAUGUCCCGCAUUUGCUGCUGUACCUUCGUGCCUUGUUGUCGUUGUCAUAGUCAUUGCAAUCUACUAUGGUUCCAGUUG